AUGAUAGAGGAACAUAAGUUGAAACGUCCAUUGCAACAAGAGAAAGAUGAUAUUAUAUCAAUAAUAACAAGUAUAACAAAAGAGUUGAACUACAUUGUUGUCCAACAACAACAACAAGCUCAUGUACAUCUGGAUGAACAAAGACUGGAAUGUGCGAAGAAGGAUGUCCAACAACAUAUCAAGGACAAGGACUUUGAAUGGGAGUUGCCAUCUUCGACAUCGACAUCGCCAUCACAUUCGCCAAGCCCUGAGGACGACGACCUCGCCACUGCUCGACUAGAGACUACAAGCAACUUCUUGGUUACACUCAAUGUAGAUGGGUUGAAGGAACGGGUUGGCCUGUUGGUGCACCAAUGUAGUGAGGUCUACAACUUGAAGGACAAGGAACAACAUCCUUCAUCUAGACUAGAUUACCAAAUACUAUCAAUGGAUACUGAGGGCCGAGCACAUCUGUUUGAUCCAACUGCCUGCACCUGGACCCAACUCCAGGACCAACUGCUCGAUGUUGAGCAACGACUGUAUACAUAUCAAUCUGUUGUGGCAGUGAAUAACAGUCUGUUUGUAUUUGGUGGCUUGGACGACUCCAAGUCAUACGCCCAUCACUCAUUGUCCAAGAAUCGCCAACUUCACCGUUACGGUUACAUCUCGACAAAGGAGGGCGGUCGCGACAUUGCCGCGUGCUAUGACGGCGCCCAGUACAUCUACAUCGUCGGCGGGAGUUACUGCGGCGAGAAGUUGACACGUGUUGACCGAAUGGACCUGGUCACACAAGAGCUGCACGCUGUCAACCUCCUGGAUCGCACUGUUCACGCGCUCAAACACGACACUGGUGAGUUCGAGGAUGUCUCGGGUCGCUUCCAACUCGCCUCCUUUGCCCGAGCAAUUUACUCAAUAUGCUAUGAUGAUCAGGACAAUCUGUACAUAAUCAAUUACAAUCUUGGACUGACGCGUAUAUCCCUCACAACUGGAGAGGCAACAAGAUUGUCAUCGCUGGCCAUAUGGCCAGGUAAUCAACCUCGUGGUCAUCUGAGCUACUAUGUUACGCUGGUGUAUAUUGCCUCGGCUAAUGGCGACCAACAACAUCUUUAUUUCAUUGGAGGCAAGAGCAUUGGAAAUCAUCGUUACUCAAUCAAUGAUGAUCAAUGGACACGAAUGAAUGAUGGAGACACAUUUGAGCGAAUAUCAAGUGGAGCCACAAGGAUACUCAGACCAAGGUCGAAUUGA